UUUUUUAACUCGAUAAAAACGGUGCCUGUAGUCAUCAUUGUCAGUGCUCUUUAACCAAAAAUCACUUUUAAGGGUUGAAUAACUUGGCCUAAAUCCGGUUUACUGUGGGUAGUUUAUAUUAAUAUUGUUAAGGCUAUUGUGAUCAAUGUUACGUGUGAUGGUCUGUGGAAAACGUUGGUGUAACGGUGACAAGGCUUCUGCUGCUUGAGAUGUUGAAACAAAAAUGAUGUUUAGUAAAUCACACGUCAGGAUCUGGACGCACUUUUCCAUCAGCCUCAUUGAAUUCAGCACAGACCGUUAGCGUAUUUCACUGAUGCAAGACUACCUCCAUUGUUCACAUAGUCACAGAAUUGUCUGACCCAAUGCAACUUCCAUCUUUGUCUGCAUAGGAGUAACCAUUAAUACCAAUCUAAAUAUCGUGUGUAACAAGUUUAAAGAGACAAUACAUAUUAAUAUGGAACAAACAUUUGGUGAAGUAAAUCAGCUAGGAGGAGUCUUUGUCAACGGUCGUCCAUUACCAAAUGCUAUCCGUCUACGAAUUGUCGAGUUAGCCCAGCUUGGAAUUCGCCCAUGUGACAUCAGCCGACAACUUAGAGUUUCCCAUGGCUGUGUUAGCAAGAUACUAGCUCGAUAUAACGAAACUGGUUCAAUUUUACCUGGCGCAAUCGGAGGCAGUAAACCAAGAGUUACAACGCCAAAAGUUGUUAAAAACAUACGAGAAUAUAAACAAAAAGACCCUGGUAUUUUCGCUUGGGAGAUUCGGGACAAAUUGUUGGCUGAUGGUGUUUGUGACAAAUACAACGUACCUUCCGUGAGCUCCAUCAGUCGAAUAUUAAGAAACAAAAUUGGGCAAAACAGCACCCAUUUCCAGAGUAGUUUGGACUGUAAGGAACAUCAUCGAUCUAUUUAUAACCCAUUGUACCCAUAUCCAUGUCCCGCACCAGCUAAUUCGAAGCAUGUUUUAGCAUCAACUCCAUGUACUCCGCUUCGGCACUGGCCCCCCUCACAUACUGUCAAUGACAUCCUAGCAUUUCGACACAGUAGCACGUCAAUAGCGGAUCACCCAGCAGGUAAGAUUGUUCUUUUUAAGAUAGCAUUUACUUACUCAACCACAGUAUGCCUAUAA